CCAGGACACACUGGUUCCGCGAUCCGAACCCCGGAGAAGCAGAAGAUGAUGGAUGGAUGGAUGGUCCCAACUUUUCCAAAAUAGAGUGUCAGCUUUAAGGAUUGUUCUCCUGGGUGAGGAUGGAGCAGAAAAACAUUCCGCUGGAAACACCAUCCUGGGCAGAGAGGCAUUUGUGGAUCAUCUCUCCACUAAAUCUGUAAGCAGUAGGUGUGAGAAACAUGAAGGAACAGUGGAGGGCAGAAAGAUCUCAGUCAUCAGCACUCCAGCACUCUUCAAUACAUCAAGAAGUGAAGGGAAGCUGAAAGCUGAAAUAGAUCAAUGUGACAGGGUCUCACUGUCAGCUCCUGGUCCUCACGUGUUCCUGCUGGUGGUCAGAGUGGGGAGAUUUACAGACAAAGAGAAGAAUGCUGGGAAGUGGAUUCAGGAGAACUUUGGAAAAGAAGCGCUGAAGUUCACAAUGGUGCUCUUCACUGGUGGUCUUCAUCCAGUAGAGAUGAAGAAUAAGAAUGCUGAAAUCCAAAAUCUGAUGGAAAAAUGCAGAGCAGGGUACCAUGUCUUUAGAAACAAUGAGAAAUAUGAGCGAGUUCAGGUCUCAGAGCUGCUAGAGAAGAUAGACAGACUGGUAGAGAAGAAUGGAAGACAGCAUUACACUACUAAGAUGUACCAUAGAAAGGUCAGCAAGGAGGAGAAGAGAUGGAGAGAAGAUGAAAGGAAUGGGAAAGCAGAGCUGGUCAUUAAAAAAGUAGGGAAGUUUCUUCUAAAACUCUCAGAGGUAAUAAUGAAAGCACUGUUGGCUGAACUAUGUGCGAUAUUCAGAUCAGCUCUGAAGGGUUUUGGAGUUGGGGUGGUCAUUAUUGUAGUACUUUCUUUAAUAGGGACUUUGGCUCAUUCAUGGACGUGUUUUUGUUUGAAGGCUUUGAUCCUCUGGAGUGGCGGUACCAUUGGCGCACUAAUUGGAUUGUAUUCGGACACUGAAAUGGACAGAUAGUCUUCAGUCCAUCAGAGGGUGUUUUAAUUGAUGCUCUGUAAAACAUGAGAUCACUCAUCCUGCUAUGAUAACACGUUAUUCAGACAAUAAAUGUAAUAGUAAUGAAGGUAAUACUACUCAUUGGGUGGAUGAUCAGGUGGUGCAGACAUCAGAUAUGAUUGCUUUGCUUGAUCUUUUCGUGUACAUGAUCAUUAUUAAAAAAAAUCAACUGCAGACAACUGCUCAUCUACCAUUUCUUCUGAAAUCAAGGGUAAGAAUCUUUGCUGCUAUUACAGCCAUUGCUUCUCUGUGAAGACUCUACAUUAGAGAUUGGAACAUUGCUGUUAUGAUUUAAUUGCAUGCAGCCCCAAGAGCAUUAGUGGGGUCAGGUACUGAUGUUUGAUAAUUCAUUCUGGAUCACAAAUGUCACUCCACCUCAUUCUGAAGGUAUGGGAUGGAUCUCCAUCACUCCAGAGAACAUAGUUCCAUUGAUCCACAGCCCAAUGCUGUGGGGCUUUAUAUCCCUCUAACUCACAGUUUGCAUUUGGCAUAGUGACCUUGGAGGUCUGGACCUGUUUGGUCCAGAUUGUAUUAUGUAUGUUGUAUUUUUGUUUAUCUGUAAAGCACUUUGAGUUGCCACCAGUAUAAAAAUGUAUCAGGACCAAUACAAAACAAAGCAAUUCCUUGAUGAUCACCUUUUUUGAUUAUGCCUAAUGCAUUCAUGUGAUUGUGCAUAUAAAGUUUAGACAUCUUUUCUUGAAAGAGAUUGGACACAAUUUUAUAUGGGCAUUUAUGACCAUCUGAAAGGGUAAAAACUUAAGUAAAUAAACUCACAUGUCUAGUUAAGGA